GAAUAACCCCCUACUCGCAAAGAGUAGAUGUUCUACGGCUCAGAAAGAAGAAUCAAAAAAUCUUUUUUUCCGCAAGUCUUUUACGACUAAUUUCAUGACCUUCCAUUCUAACUCUGCAGUCCCCAUUCUCCCCUCUCUUUUAUCCCUUUUCCCCCUUCCUUGUGCCAGUGAUGAUCCCGCUGUACUUUUCCGUACACACCCCAGCGAUGCAGCUCGUAGGAGUUGCCCGAGCUACUUGCUUUUCAACGCAAGAAGCUCGGAACGGAGCGUUGGUAGAUUGAACGUCUGCACUGGAGAAGAUGGAGGUGCCUUACGUCGCUUUUGUCUUUUUCAGUCAGCAGGGGAACGAAGAGAUUUGGCCUAGACUUCCGUGGGUCCACGUCUAAGAGAACCCCCUAACAUCACGUUGUCAAGGUGACAUACUUUUAAGAAAUUCAAAUUUCAUGCUUCAAACUACUCC